AUGGUACAAAGUCUUCGUUACUGCCCAGAAUCUAUGCCAGCAGUUGAUGCAGUGGUGGAAUCCCCAAUGCCGUCCCUUGAAUUUACUGAAAUCUCACAGAUAUCUUCCAAACCACUCCUUGAAUUCACUGAAACGUCUCAGAUAUCUUACAGGCCGAGUGUGGAUGAAAUAAAUGAAAGCGACCACGCCAGACAAUGCACGGCUUGCGCCCAUGUUUGCAAAGAAACUAUUGAGUCUAUGAAUCAAACUAGAACGCACGAAAAUCGGUUCGAAAGAAGAAGAAAUGUAUUCGGUCGCCAUGGAAAGGAUAUAGUGAACCGUGUGCAUAUGUUUAUCAGUGAAAUGAAGAGGAAACUGGAGGGGACAUGUGCCAACGCAUUAUUCGACUCGCCUAACAAAUUGAUUGCACUAGCACUGGGGAUUUCAACCAGGACCGUGACGCGGAUAAGCCAGACAGAGGAGACCCCACAGCCAGAGAGAAUCACCCAAAACCGCAAAAGGAUGAGGAUGGUCAGCGUAAGAAGGAACGGACCACAGUGGGGCGAAGUAGUCAAGCAGGCUAUACAUCAGAAGUUGAGGGAUGAGCUCGAUAUUACUAUGACGGAGCUUCAUGGCCAUCUAUGUAGCACAUAUGAAGAUUUUGAUCUCUCACGUGCCACCUUGCACAGACUUGUGCGAGGACUCGGCUUUUCUUAUAGGAAAGUUAAACGUCAGAUAUACAUCUUCAAAGACCUGCACUGGUGGCGAGAAGGGAAGAAUACCUCAGAGGUGAGGGAGAGAACCAUCAACUGGCUUGGUUCGGUUUCUUCAGCCUUAGCAGACGCAUGGUAUAGGGAAGCCAGAAGGGAAGAAACUGAGGCUUGGGAGAAGCACAUCGACAGGGAGGAAGAGUCCACUGACACCACUGAGUCAUCACUCUCGACAGAGAGUGAUGACUCAGUGGAGUCUUUGUCCUCAGAUUCCUCGUAUCCGUAUGCCGAGUGA